GAUUUUCCACCCCAAAAAAAAGGGAAGAAAGAAACCAAAGAAUCUUGCAGAAGCUGAAGCAGAGCAGCCAUGGCUAACAUGAUCAUGGCUUCUUCAAGAGCUCUAAUCACGGCCCCCAAAUCGAAACCCCAAACCCAAACCCAUUUCUCUCUCCCUAAAAUCUCUCUCCCUAAAAUCUCCCUGAAACCCCAGCAGCUCCUCGCCGCCGCCACGUUCUCCCUAACCCAGGCACCGGCUUCCCUGGCGGCGGACAUCGAGAAGGCGGCCCUUUUCGACUUCAACCUGACUCUCCCCAUCAUCGCCGUGGAAUUCCUGUUCCUGAUGUUCGCCAUGGACAAACUCUACUACUCCCCGCUGGGGAAGUUCAUGGAUGAGAGGGACGCCGCCAUCAGAGAGAAGCUGAACAGCGUCAAGGACACCUCGGCAGAGGUGAAGCAGCUGGAGGAGCAGGGGGCGGCCAUGAUGAAGGCGGCAAGGGCUGAGAUAUCGGCGGCGCUCAACAAGAUGAAGAAAGAGACGCAGGUGGAGGUGGAGGAGAAGCUCGCCCAGGGCCGGAGGAAGAUCGAGGCCGAGCUGCAGGAGGCGCUGGCUAGCCUUGAGAACCAGAAGGAGGAAACCAUCGCUGCCCUCGAUUCGCAAAUCGCCGCCCUCAGUGAAGACAUCGUCAAGAAAGUGCUCCCAGUUUCUUGAUUUUGAUCAUCUAAUUUGAAUGCUACUAAUUACUGAUUUUGAUGUCCAAAGCAGAUUUCAUCAUUUAUCCAGCUUUCAAAUCAACAACUGUAGGCUGGGGUUUUAGAUAGUUUUUGUUAAAUUUCAGCUGAUGAUAUCAAAUAACAUUGUGAAUUGUGAAAUGCUGCAUCCAUGAACAAUAAUUUAGCCCUCAGAUUUGUUAA